AUGGGCUCUCCUAUUUCUCUUGUAAUCGCCAACAUCUUCAUGGAGCACUUUAAGAAAGAGGCCCUCAGAAAAACACCUAAGAAACCAGAAAUUUGGUUCCAUUAUGUAGACGACAUAUUUGUGAUAUGGAGACACGACAGAGCCGAACUCCAUAUAGAAGAAAACGGAAAACUCCCCUUCCUAGACGUUCUUGUCUCUAAGAAAGCUGAUGGUACCUUAGACCAUCAAAUGUACAGAAAACCAAUACACACAGAUAGAUACCUACAUGCCGAGUCGCAUCACCACCCAUCACAAAAACAGUCUGCAAUCAACUCACUUACAACGGUCUCUGAUACACAACCAGACGAAAGGAUUCUAUCCAUUCUCCCAUAUGUCAAAGGAACAACAGAUCAGAUUGGCAGGAUAUUAAACAAACACAAUGUCCGAACUAUCUUUAAACCACCCAAAAAGAUAGGACAAAUCUUAGAAAUCCUAAAGAUCAAAGACCUCCACUCAGUUCCGCAGGAGUAUACAAAAUACCUUAUUCCUGCGGGCAAGUAUACAUUGGAGAAAUCGGGAGAAUGGUCAACCUAUGGAUAA